AUGACAGUAAUGGGUAUUGAAACAAGUUGUGACGAUACGGCGGUCUGUGUGCUGACCAGCCGCCGAAAAGUGCUCAGUUCGAGACGAUAUGCGAAUCGAGAAGUUCAGAAUCGCCUUGGAGGAAUAUGCCCGAGUCUUGUGGCCCAACAGCAUCGAAAUCUUAUCAGCCGUUUCGUCGAUGAAUGUUUGGAAGAAAGUGGAAUGCGUCUGGCAGAUCUGGAUGGAAUAGCCGUAAGUACAAGGCCUGGGCUUGUGAUUGCCCUGCGAGUUGGAAUCGCUAAAGCACUUUCGUUGGCCAGGCAGGCUCGAACUCGAUUCGUCAGCGUUCAUCAUAUGCAAGCACAUGCUACUAUUGCAUCCCUGCUGCAUCCUGAAGUGCGCUUUCCUUAUGUAUGUGUCCUUAUUUCGGGUGGUCAUGCUCUGAUUACGAUCGCAUACGGACCCGAAAACUUCGAGCUGUUAGCGUCGAGCGUCUCAGGAAGCCCUGGCGAGUGUCUAGACAAAAUAGCCAGAUCGUUGCCAUCUGAAGCGUUUACUGAAUUCAUUGGUCUGCAUCCGGGCGCGGCACUUGAGCAACUGGCCAAAAACUGUUCACUGGAUGGACAUUUACAUUAUCGAGUCAAUAUGCCAGGCACAAAUGGUCCCAAUAUGGACUUCAACUCUGUCAAAAAUUCAUAUCUGACAUUAUUAAGAAAACUGAAUUUUGCAUCGUUGAAUGUGGAAAAUUUUUGUGCAAGUGUCCAGCAUUCAGUUGCAGCUCAUUUAGCGAACAAACUACAUCAUUGUCUUGAGUAUAUCAACAAUUUGAACAAGAUCCCAACGGAGAAUCGCCGUAUUGUCGUGUCUGGAGGUGUUGCCUCGAAUGCGUAUAUUCUCAGUGCCCUCGAAAAGAUUGCACAUACAUAUGGUUAUUCGCUGUUAACAAUUCCACCUCGAUUGUGUUGUGACAACGCAGAAAUGGUCGCCUGGAAUGGAAUACUAUUGAUCAAUUCGAAUAGUAAUUCGGUGAUGGAAGCAGACAAUAUCCCGUGGUUGAUACCGGCUCAGCGAUGUUCACCGAUCGGUAAAGAUAUCAGCAAGGAAUUACCGAUUAAACCCAGUGUACGCUUAUCAAUGAAGUCGAUUGCAACGCCGAAAAUUGUUUUCUACCAUAAGCCAAAAGACCACUCGAUUACCGUUUAA